AUGAGCUGUUUGUGGAUAAGCAAUUGUAAAUACAAUAUAUAUGCAUGUACAAUUUACACUUGCAUGUCACUGAUAUGCACGCAUUCGCGAGUGUUAAUAGGAGUAGAUUUAAAUGACUACAUACGUAUGCUCUUCCAGACGUGCAUUUAUGCUUCAAAGCAUACUCGAUAUUUCCUUGAUGUUCUUUUUCCGAUUAACAGACAUAAAAACUGCUCUGGUUCUACUAAAAUUACAUGUUCCCUAACUAGGAUUGUGCUUAUUCAUGGUGUUAAAAAUGAUUUUAGCCAGACAGAGGGAGAGUGGGAUCUUGCUCACAAUAAUUUGCAAGGUCUUACUGGACUUAGCUAUUUACCAUUUUUGACCCUAAUAUUAAUAAAACUGGGAUGGCACAGUCCUAAUGCUUACCUAUUUAUGAAAAUGAGUGAAGUUCUAGGCUUCCAGGGUGGUUUUUGCGAAGUGCGAAGUGUAGGCUAUGUCCAUUCCUGCCUUCACCGAUCGAUUGUAAUCACUGCAGAUGCUCAAAGAUAUAUAUGGUCGAAUUUAGGCAAAAUAAGACAUUUUUUACUUCAUCCAACAAUGUUUAGCAAGAAAUCUCAUUUUCUGCAAAAAAUAUGUAAAAAGCAGUCUGGUUUCUCCGGCAUUUCUUUUAUUUUAAGCCGGUCAGGUUUAGAAGCUUUAAUCUUGUUCAUUUUUUUGAAAGUCAAGUUAAUUUGGCUUUAUUUGGCUGUGCAAGCUUUGAAGAACAAAGUGUUUGCAUUCAACACUUCAAAAUCAAACUUAAACCCAAGCCGAGAUCGAAGUCAAGACCUGUACCAGAAUCGUAGAGUAAGGAACGUUUUUAUCUAUAAACAUCACUCGUUUUACCCCUUGUCGUUGCAUAAUGCAAUUUCAAAUUCAAAACAAUUACCUAUAUGUGCUGGACAUUAA